AUGCUGGGCGGCGUGGGCGGGCGGCAUGCGUCCGUACGGCGGCGUGGCAGUUCGCCGGGCGUGCAUGCGCGUCGCGAUAACAUGUCAUCGCCGCCCGCGUCGCCGCGUCCGAUGCGCAGGCGACGCGCCGCUGUCGCUGUCUCCGAUCACAAGACAUGUGCGCUUAUUCACACACGUCUCAAACUCGGAGACAUUAUGUAA